GUCGAUAUCAUUCUAUCCUCUGUGUCUGUCUACAGGGGAAAUGGCCCACUUACUUUCACCUCAACGGAUUGCUUCAACCGUCUACGGCCAUUGACCAUCCAUCCAUCCACACCAACAUGCACGACCAUCAAAACGUCUGUAUGAAAACACGUCGCACACACAUGCACACGCAUCACAGCAGUGGCCUGUCCAGCCCCCCUGCCCCCUCCCCUCCCCGCCCCCCAGCUACCUACACACGCAAAGACUGAGAGAGAGAGAGAGAGAGAGAGAGAGCUAUGGUCCCCCCAUCCCCUCAUCCAUCCAUCCGUCCAUCCAUCCAUCCGUUCAUCCAUCCGUCCAUCCAUCGGUAUCUACCGUCACUCAUCGGUAUCUACCGUCACUCCAUCGCUCAGUCAGUCAGUCAGUCCGUCAGUCCUUGCCUUUGCCGCCCUUGCCCUUUUGUGGCGAGUGUGUGGGUGUGGGGUGUGUGUAUCGCUUGACGAACUCGGGGAAGACGUCCUUGCGGAUAUAGAAGCAGAGGUAGCAGUCCUUGGCGAUGCGCCUGAGCAGCCGAUCCACCGAGCCGUCAGCCUCCUUGGCGCACUGCUUGACCGGGUCGACCGUCUCAUACUGACGCACACACACACACACAGACAGAGAGAGAGAGAGGGAGAGGGAUGGACCAAUCAGCAGCACAAGGGUGUGGGGUGUGUGUGUACGGUGAAGACGCGCGAGUCGUCGAAGACCCUCCAGUUGCCCUCUUCGUCCUGACAAGACGACACCACACAACAGACAGACAACAGAGACCUUUCAACACAUGGACACACCACCACCUCGCCUCCCUCCCUCGCUCACCCGGGCAUAGCACACAUAGUGUCCGGAGCGCAUGGAUCCGCUCUGGUGCGCCACCACACACAGCAGCUGGUAGUCCAGACACGGCACUGGGUGACGCAGAUCCCCCCCCCCCCCACCACCAGCACCAGCAGCUGCUGCCGCCGCUGAGGACGAUGGCUGGUGUGGCUGCUGUGGCUGGGUGUCGGUGGUGAUGCCCGCGCCCCACUGCUGGGCCUCGCGUAUGAAGGAGUUGUUGUCGAGUCGGUCCUGGUUCUCGUCGGACGCCCAGUACUCGUGGUCGAAGAAGUCAGCUGAUGAAUGAGAAUGCAUCAACCAACCAACACACAUCACACCCACACACACACAGAGAGAGAGAGAGAGAGAUGUGGUUUGGUGUAUCGUGUGUGUGUGGGUGUGUUGGGUUACUGACUGAUGGAGAAACCCGAUGGGCAGUCGACGGCAAUGGUGCACUUGCGAUAGCUGCACAGCAACACACACACACACACACACACAGAGAGAGAGAGAGAGAUAUUGAGAUUGGGGGGUGUCUGGUGCCCCUGUCUGUGUGUGUGUACCGUCCGGCGAUGCCGCUCUCCUCGUAUCUCUUGAGGUUGCAGGUGAGGAUGAGCGGGGCCUCCUGCAUGCGGUACUUCUUGCGCACCAACUUGUACCCACACACGUCGCACAACAACUCGGCUGUCGUCGUCUGUCGGUGUGGAUGUAUCACACACACACACACACACAACCCAGGCAGAUGAUCAGCUGGACGGAUGGAUGGAUGUGCCUCGACCCACCCGGAAGAACUGGUCCAGGACGAACCGCAGCGACACACGCUUGUCAACGUCUCUAUCCCUGACCAUCCCACAGACACAGACACACACAGACCCCACAACCAUCCAUCCACCCCUCUCCUUUCUCCCCCUCCCCCAGUGCUGCCUCACCCGCCAAGCAGCUUCCGAUUUUUGCCCUUGUCCUUCUUCGUGUCCGGCGAGGACGGCGCGCUCUCUACAUCAUCCUUGUCGCCACCACCCGUCCCCUCCCCCUCCCCCUCCCCCUUGCCGCCCCCACCGCCCUUGAGCCGCUUCCCGCAGCCCUGGGACGGCCGGAUCGUGCGCUCCUCGCUGCGGCCCCUCUUGCGCGCGCAGGGGUCGGUCUGGUCUUCCUCCUCGGAUAUCUCGUCUGCGUUGAUGGGCGAUUGGGGCUGCAUGAGGGGGGGCGCGGGGCUCAUGAUGGGGUCGUCAUCGUCGUCGGCGGCGGGUCCGCUGUGUCGGAGGUGGCUGGCGGGCUGCUUCUUGGGGGUGCAGAAGAUGUAAUUCUUCUCCUUCUUGCUGCGGCUGUCCUGCUGCUGCUGCUGGUCUUGGUCGUUGUCUGGGGACGCGUCGAGAGUCGGGGGGAAGAGCUCGUCCUCCUCCUGCCCGCCGCCCCCACCGCCGUCGCCCUGCAGAAGCUCGUCGUAGCCCUCGUCCUGCAUGGCCCCAUCGCCAUCACCACUGCCUCCGCCACCACCACCGCCACCAGCUGCUGCUGCAGCAGGGGCCUCGUCGGCGUCGUCAUCCUCUACUUCUAUGACCUCGGGGCCCUCGACCCCACCCCCACCCUCUCCCCCAGCCGCCCCCUCGCCCUCUCCGUCCAUCUCCUCCUCUGUGUCUGGUUUGCCCUUGCCCUCCUCCUUGGCGGCAGCGGCAGCAGCGGCCUGCUCCUCGAGCUUCUUGAGGGCCUCGAUGUCCUUUGGCCAGAGGCCGUUGGCGUCUUGUCGGGGGAAGGGGGUGAUCUCGGGCUCGUGCAUCUCGUACUCGCCAGUGCGGGAGCGGGGCAGGUCGACGUUGAGGAAGUUCUCGGGCACCUCCAUGAAGCGACUGAAUGAACUCACCAGACGGACACACACAAACACACACACACACACAGAGAGAGAGAGAGAGGGAUGGUGUGUGAGUGGGGAGGGGAGGGGGUGCGGUGGGGGAGGCGUACGUGUAUACGCAUGAGAUGCAGCAGACUUGCUCGCGGAGGACGACGCGGAAGUACUUGUGCAGGGCGAGGAACGGGAAGGCGUCCGGGUCGACGGGCGCGUUGGGGUCCUUGAUGCCCAGGCUCUCGCGCACGUACAGCUCCAUCUGCUCCUUGUUGCCGUCUACCAGAAAAUGCGCAAACUCACCAGCAUCCUAACACACACACACACACAUGACUCUCUCUCUCUCUGUGUGUGUGUGUGUGUGCGUCAGUGAAUACCUCCUGGCCGCCGCCCUCGAAUGCCGGCACGAGUGUGGUGAACUCGCGCAGGAAGGACCUUGGCAUGAUGGGCCCGUUCUCCGAGCCCUCCUCCACCAUGCCCAUCUGGUGCAGCACCCCGGCCGUCUCGUUGUAGAAGGCGCACUCAUAGUCGGAGGGGAUCUUGAGGACGUACAGGCCCAGGCAGCCGAUCGGCGCAGUAGCGAAUGUGGCGUCGUUGUCGACAGGCCUGACGUUGCGGCCUAUGAGGUGGUUCCUCCACGCCUAAAGGCAUCCAGGCAUAGAUACGGCCAGAUACAAAACAGGUGGGUGUGGCUGUCUGUCUCUGUGUGUGUGGGUGUGGGUGUGGGUGUGUGUGUUGAGCGUCAUACGGCGGGGAAUUGCAGGUAUUCCUUGACGAAGGGCUUGAACUGGUUGAAGGACUGCAGCACCGCGUUGGCGUAGCAGCUGUUGCCGAGGUUGCGCAUCCUGAUGGACAAACAACACAACACAACACAACACAACACAACACAUUGGUGACGGACGCCCCACAUGUGCAGCUGUGUCCGCCUCUUCCCCUCCCUGUCCCUCCGUCUCUCUCUCUCUCUCUCUCUCUGUGUGUGUGUGUGCGUGUGUGUGUGUGUGUGUGUGUGGUCACUCACCCCGCGCCGCCGGGCGCCCCCCGUCCGGCCCGCAAUCGGUUGACUGCGAGGCUCGGCCGGCCUCGACCAGGACGACAGCAAGCCCCACCAGCACCACCAGCACCACUGCCGCCCCCGCCACCUCCACGCCCAGCGCCAGCAGCGACAUUCUGACGCACCACACGCCCGACCGAUACAUAUGUAGCCACCCAUCCAUGUGUGUGGGGUGCAGUGCGUGCGUGCAGUCUUUUCACCUUGGCCGCCAGCGCCCACUUGGGGACGGGGGGAGGGACUGACAGCGUAUGAGACCACAGGAUAGACACCACACCACACCAUCGACAUGUCCUCAACUGACUGUUUUGUUGCCGUGUGCAAAGGUGCGGUGUGAUGUGGUGCGGUGACUGACCGUGGGGUUUGGCCUUUGGGUGCGCUGCUUUGGGCUGAGCCUUUGCCGCUGGAUGGAGAACGGCCCGCAGGUCCGCCGGCCGAUUCGCGCCAACGCCACCGCCAACAGCAACACCAACAUUACCUCUACCCCCUGAACACACAAAUGGACGGACGGCAGGGAAGCAACCGAAUGAUUUCUCUGUGUGUGGAGCACUUUUCUUUCUGUCUGUGGGUCGACUGACCUCGGUUCCGUCCGCCCCCCGCCCCACCCCGUCCUUGCCCACUGCGAUUCGGUGCCGCCCCGCCGUCCUGGCCACGGUAACCACCGCGACCACCUCCACCACCACCACCUCCCCCGCCAGCACCCCGUCCAGCACCGAUCCCACCUGUUGACGACGUGACAGUGGACAACACACGCCCCAUGUGUGUUUGUUUGCCGGGUGGGCGAUGUCGAUGAGGGGAGGGAUGGGGAGAGGGGAGGGUAGCUUACCUGACGAGUGCAGGGCGUUUGCGCGCGGGUCUUUGUGUCGGCCACGUGGCUUGAACAGCACGGGCCCCUGCUGCAUUCUGCCGAUGCCGCCGACGCCGCCCAUGGCGCCGCCCAGCGGUGGCGGGCCGGGGUUGACGUCAGGCUGCCCGCGUUCAGGCGGGAUGUAGCUACUGCUGUAGUUGUAGUUGUAGUUGCCCUGGCCCAUCAUCUGGCUGCUGGACGACAUGGAAAACAUCAUGUGGGGGUUCGUGGGCUUGUAGCCGUCGUCGUUGGGGUUCUCGCCACCUGACCGAUGGAGGGAUGGAAUGGAAUGGGUGGACACACACACACACACACAGAGGAGAGGGGUGUGGCGGGGUGUGGUGUGGUGUGGGGGGGUGUGGGGUGUUGGUGUGUUGGUAACCUCGUUUGCGUCUGAACAGGGCGCCGUCUUUGACGUUGGGCGGCUUGAGUUGGGGGAACCUGGCGAAGAAGACCCUGAGCUGGUCUUGCCGGGGGUAGAAGUUGACCUGGCGGUUGCUGCCAGUCUCGAUGCAGGUGAUGUGCUGGACGUCCCCCUUGCUGUUCAUGAUCGCCUUGACAGACUGAGAGUUAAUCUGACGGACGCACAGAUAUCAGAUAUCAAAAACAAACACCGCGUCACUUUUCGGUCACCGCCACACGAUUCAUCCGCCCGUCCACGUGUGUGCAGGUGAUUCGUGAUUCGUCGCUCACUCACUCACCGUGAGCUGGAGACUCCCGAGUCCAUCGGCAGGUGAUAGUUUGAUGACGAGGAACCUGCCCUUGAGCUCGAGCGUUUUGAUGUGGGCGUACUCACUGCACGCCCCGUCGCUCUGGUGAGCCACCGUCACGCGGCAGUCCAUCUCAGCCUCCUUUCGGCGUCCAGCCAUCAGCUCCGCCCCUUCCAUGUCCAUGACUUCACCUCGGUGAUCCGAUCUGGGCUGAUCUGCACGCCAUACACAGCACACAGCACACGGCGCACGGCGAUGGUGGUGCGGCCGCAUCCAACACGCUUCCUUGCGCCCUCCCAGCUGACCUUAUGGGCUAUCAGCAGACGACGUCAGAUGGGUCAUCGGCACGGGGGAAAGAAGAUGAGAAGUCCCCGCCAUGUUCGAGAAUGGCGGCUAUCCAUACGCAAUCAGUAUUACUGCAUCGUCAACAGGACUCUGGCGAUGUGACGCGAUGAUUUCUCCUUCAUGGCGCGCUCA